AUGGAGAGGUCCAUGGCAUACGAAAGUGAUCUAAAUCUAAAGGCAACAGAAUUGAGGUUAGGGUUGCCUGGAAGUGAUGAGCCAGAGAAACCAUCAACUACUCCUAGUGUUAGGAGUAACAAGAGAGCAUCACCAGAAACAUCAGAGGAGUCUUGGUCCAAGAGCAGUUCUAGUGUGUCCAAUGUUGAAAAUUGUGAAAGAGAUGGUACCCCUCCUGCCAAGGCACAAGUAGUUGGAUGGCCACCCAUCCGAUCUUACAGGAAAAAUUACUUUCAAGAAAAGAAAAAUGAUCAAGUUGAUGGUGCUGGAAUGUAUGUAAAAGUGAGCGUGGAUGGAGCUCCUUUUCUCAGGAAGAUUGAUCUUAAGGUGUACAAGAGCUACCCAGAGCUCCUCAAAGCCUUGGAGGAUAUGUUCAAGCUUACCAUUGGUGAGUACUCUGAGAAAGAAGGUUGUAAUGGAUCUGAAUUUGCUCCUACUUACGAAGAUAAAGAUGGAGACUGGAUGCUUGUUGGGGACGUUCCAUGGGAUAUGUUUAUCUGCUCCUGCAAGAGGCUAAGAAUUAUGAAGGGAUCAGAAGCUAGAGGAUUCGGUUGUUGA